AUGAAUGAAGACACGGAUAGCACGAGCAGCAGCGGUGAGAAAGACAAGCUUGUUCUACUAUUUAUGGAGGGCGAGAAGUGCCCAGAAAAAGACGUGCCCCCCAGGGGAGAUACUCGGAACUACAUCGAAAUGUGUCCCCCCGAGACGACGCUGUACAGGUACCUGACGAUGAUGCUCCACCUGGUGCUGGUAGCAAGCAUAGUAGGUAUGGUGACCAUGGGUUUGUACUUCCUUCGAACUCCUUGUGAGCCAUGUGAUUACUACAACCGGGUGUUGGCGAUAGCUAUAUGGAUAAAAAGCAUCUGCCAUGUGCAUUUAACAAUUGUGCGAAUAAAGAAGCGAGAGGAAAUAGAGAACAACGAAAGGAUGAGAAGUCUGGUCAUAUAUUUAAUAAAGCUCUUUAACUCGUUAACUUUUCUGCUGGUUCUGUUGUCUCUUCACCUGCUCCAUUUUUACCGAAACAAAUGCUCCUUUAGCACCGUGGCUUUGAAGUUCAUAAAGCUGUAUUACUACCUAACGAUAACCUUGUACUUCCUACCCCUUCUGUUUUACAUUUCCCUGGGUUUGUUCCUUUCCAUAAUUAUUUGUGUCAUAGUAAACUUCUCCGUCGACGAAAACGAUCGCAUUCCGACGCCAGAAAAUGUCAUAAACAAAUUGACCGUUUUAAAAUACAGCGAUAUAGACUUUGUGCGUAAUUCACACAAUGAACAGAAAAAAAAAAAAAAAUUAAAAAAACCAUCUUUUGAAGUUAUAUUUGAUAAGGUCAAGAGGGUCAUGCAGAGGAAGGACAACAGAGAGGAGGAGAAGAAGAAAAAAAAAAAACUCAGGGAUUCUUUCAGCGUGAGAAAUACACCCCCCCUUGUAGAUGACCCAUUGAGGGAGAUGCUAAAUCCUCUUAACGGAAGUAAUGACCCAAAUGAACAUUCUGACUUUGCCGAUGGUGGAACCCCAGGGAAAGUGCCCAUCCCUAACUCGGAGGACGCAUCGAAUGAGGUAGACAGUUCACACCUAGGACGGGAGAACGACCAGGAGGAGGGUUACCACGAAAGUUACAAUGAUGCCCAUGAGGACGAUGAAGAGAUCUGCUCCAUAUGCAUGAUGAACUACGUGCGUAGCGAUGACGUCAUGAUGAUGCCGUGUGACAAGCGCCACUUCUUCCAUGUGGGUUGCCUUACCAAGUGGCUGUACAAAAGCCAAGCGUGCCCCAUCUGCAGGACCAACAUUGUCAACUGUCUUAACGCGCGUGGUGAAGUUGUUUGA